AACAUAUUGUUCGAUCGAAUGGCAAAGUCUUGCUUCUUUCUUGUGUCUCUUCGUUGUUUUCAAUUCUUUUAGCUUAAACAAUUUAGAUAAUGGGUUCWAGUCCUUCAAAGAAUGAAGUUGUUCACAUAAGGAUCCCAUCAGCCAAACAACGAAAUAAUUCAAGUGGUAAUGUCAAGAAGAUUCCCAAUUCUAAGGAAAAUACCAUAGUUACAGAUUACAUUGGCCCAUCACAGGAAGAGGUCGAACAACUUAAAAARGAACUGGAUAAUUUAAAAACAGAACUCAGAAUUCAGAAAGAAAAUUGUUCACAAGCAGAAGAUAUGUCAUUCUCCUUUCAGACUCAGCUUGAUGAAAGAGAAAGAGAGAUAUUACUAUUAAGAGAAGAAGUAUUAAGCUUUCAAAGUAAAACAAUGACUGMAGAUAAAGUAUUGGAGGAAGAAAUGCCAGUUGAAGAAAACUUUGACAGAACAGUUCAGGCAAAAGACCAUUAUAUCAAUACUUUGGAAGAUGAACUAAAGAACAUAAGGCAAAAAACAAGCACACAGAAUGAAAGAUAUCAAAAAAAGAUGAAGAAACUCAAAGCUGUGUUGUCAAAGUCUCRACAAGAUUCUUCCCUCAAAUUAUUUGAACUCAAAGAUGAAAAUACUAAAUUAACAGAAGAAAAUACAAAGUUACAAGAACGAUUGGAGAGAUUAAGCAUGGAUUCAGRAGAGUUCAGUCGACAGAGCAGUGCAACAAGUACGCGCACAAUUCACAAAGUACUUGARAAAACUGAUACUGAUGAUGAUCACCAUGACGACCCUCGUAUGAAAUUAAUCCUUGAACUUUCACAACAAGUUGCAACUCUGGAYGCUGAAAACUCAAAAUUAAAACAAGAACUKAAACAUUGCAAAAAGAUUKCAGAAAARGUUGAAAAAGUUCGAAUUCAAAAGAAGAAAAAUGGUGGGAGAGUUUCAGAAGUUGUUGUUGUUGAWAAAAGUGCAUCKACAUGGAAUACUAUUGAGAGCAGAAGCUUCUCUCAUUUAGAAAUAGGAGAACAAGCAUAGAAAAUGUUAAAAAAGUAUUUUUUUGAAUUUAUUGUGAAACUGUAAAGAGGUUAUUUUAUUAGAGAUUAAUACAAAAAUUAAAAUUUCAUAKUAUAAAAUAUA